AGCACGACCCGGCGAUCAAAUUCUUGGUGGGAAUCAUCAACUUUAUAAUGUUUUAAUAACGGCUCACGCUUUUUUAAUGAUCUUUUUUAUGGUUAUGCCGGCGAUGAUAGGUGGAUCUGGUAAUUGGUCUGUUCCGAUUCUGAUAGGUGCACCUGACAUGGCAUUUCCACGAUUAAAUAAUAUUUCAUUCUGGUUGUUGCCACCAAGUCUCUUGCUCCUAUUAAGCUCAGCCUUAGUAGAAGUGGGUAGCGGCACUGGGUGGACGGUCUAUCCGCCCUUAAGUGGUAUUACCAGCCAUUCUGGAGGAGCAGUUGAUUCAGCAAUUUCUAGUCUUCAUCUAUCUGGUAUUUCAUCCAUUUUAGGUUCUAUCAAUUUUAUCACGACUAUUUCCAACAUGCGUGGACCUGGAAUGACUAUGCAUAGAUCACCCCUCUUUGUGUGGUCCGUUCUAGUGACAGCAUUCCCACUUUUAUUAUCACUUCCGGUACUGGCAGGGGCUAUUACCAUGUUAUUAACCGAUCGAAACUUUAAUACAACCUUUUCUGAUCCCGCUGGAGGGGGAGACCCCAUAUUAUACCAGCAUCUCUUUUGGUUCUUCGAGAAGCACCCUGAAGUUUACAUCCUCAUUCUGCCUGGAUCCGGUAUCAUCAGUCAUAUCGUUUCUACUUUUUCGGGAAAACCGGUUUUCGGGUAUCUAGGCAUGGUUUAUGCCAUGAUCAGUAUAGGUGUUCUUGGAUUUCUUGUUUGGGCUCAUCAUAUGUUUACUGUGGGCUUAGACGUUGAUACCCGUGCCUACUUCACCGCUGCUACCAUGAUCAUAGCAGUCCCCACUGGAAUCAAAAUCUUUAGUUGGAUCGCUACCAUGUGGGGGGGUUCGAUACAAUACAAAACACCCAUGUUAUUUGCUGUAGGGUCCAUCUUUUUGUUCACCAUAGGAGGACUCACUGGAAUAGUCCCGGCAAAUUCAGGGCUAGACAUUGCUCUACAUGAUACUUAUUAUGUGGUUGCACAUUUCCAUUAUGUACUUUCUAUGGGAGCCGUUUUUGCUUUAUUUGCAGGAUUUCACUAUUGGGUGGGUAAAAUCUUUGGUCGGACAUACCCUGAAACUUUAGGUCAAAUCCAUUUUUGGAUCACUUUUUUCGGGGUUAAUCCGACCCUCUUUCCCAUGCAUUUCUUAGGGCUUUCGGGUAUGCCACGUCGCAUUCCUGAUUAUCCAGAUGCUUACGCUGGAUGGAAUGCCCUUAGCAGUUUUGGCUCUUAUAUAUCCGUAGUUGGGAUUCGUCGUUUCUUCGUGGUCGUCACAAUCACUUCAAGCAGUGGAAAUCAGAAAAGAUGUGCUCCAAGUCCUUGGGCUCUUGAACAGAAUUCAACCACACUGGAAUGGAUGGUACAAAGUCCUCCGGCUUUUCAUACCUUUGGGGAACUUCCAGCUAUCAAGGAGACGAAAAGCUAUGUGAAGUAAAAGAAGAAAAAGUCUGAGACUGCUACUAAGAACCUAACAGAACUUUUCAAAAUGUG